AUGUCUCAAGGUAGAAAAGCCGCAGAAAGACUCGCUGGAAAAACUGUUUUUAUUACCGGUGCAUCGGCCGGAAUUGGUCAAGCCACUGCUUUGGAAUAUCUAGAAGCUUCGAACGGUAAGCUCAAACUCAUUCUAGCUGCUAGAAGAUUGGAAAAACUACAAGAAUUGCAACAAAAAAUUCAAAACGACUAUCCUGAGGCAAAAAUUUAUGUGGGUCAAUUGGACGUCACGCAAACGCCCAAGAUUCAAGCGUUCGUGGACACUUUGCCCGAGGAAUUCAAAGAUAUCGACAUUUUGAUCAACAAUGCCGGUAAGGCAUUGGGCUCAGACCCCGUGGGAACGAUUUCGCCAGAAGAUAUCGCUGGAAUGAUGGAAACCAACGUGUUGGGCCUGAUCAACGUGACCCAGGCUGUUCUCCCCAUUUUCAAAGCUAAAAACUCCGGUGAUAUCGUCAAUUUGGGCUCCGUGGCCGGCCGCGAAGCCUAUCCAACUGGUGCCAUCUACUGUGCCACUAAGCACGCAGUGCGCGCCUUCACCCAGAGUCUUCGUAAAGAGCUGAUCAGCACCAACAUCCGCGUCAUUGAAAUCGCCCCCGGUAAUGUGGAAACCGAGUUCUCUAUGGUUAGAUACAAGGGUGACUCAGAACGUGCCAAGAAAGUCUACGAAGGUACUGAGCCAUUGGUUGCCGAAGACAUUGCCGAUUUGAUUGUGUACUCUACUUCUAGAAAGCCCAACACUGUGAUCGCAGAUGUCUUGGUUUUCGCUACUAACCAGGCAUCUCCAUACCACAUUCACCGGGGAUAA